CGUAAGAGCCAAAACCCACCUAUCUCUGUCUAUUAAUCCAACGGCUGCAGGUAAACUCCAGCCACAGCAUCUGCACUCAGCCGUCGAGUGCCUAGGCGAUGCCGCAUUACCUUGUGAGACAGUGUCCCUGUCCCUUGUUCUUGAGCGUUGUUGUGUUGUUCUAAGUCGUGGGUCGUUUAGCUCCCUCCGUCCCUCUCUCUCUCUCUCUGCAAGUCCCUCCGUGAUUUCUCUCAUUGUGGCUAUUACAUUGUCCUGAUCCGGUGAACCCAACAGACAAAUUCACAUUCUAUCAGAUACCCAUUUUUGCACAUCCAUCUCUGCUAAUUGACACAAUGUCGGUUCCUCCAUGGCUAGAGCCAUUGCUAAGCACUUCAUUUUUCUCCGUCUGCCGGGUUCAUAGAGAUGCCGCAAGGAGUGAAUGCAACAUGUUUUGCUUAGACUGCAAUGGCGAUGCUUUUUGCUUUUAUUGCCGUUCUUCACGGCACAAGGAUCAUCAUGUCAUUCAGAUAAGGCGAUCUUCAUAUCACGAUGUGGUGAGAAUUGCAGAGAUUCAAAAGGUAUUGGAUAUAAGUGAAGUUCAGACGUAUGUGAUAAAUAGUGCCAGAGUUAUGUUUCUGAACGAGAGACCUCAGCCAAAAGCUGCUAAAGGGGUUGCCCACAUCUGUGAAAUCUGCGGUAGGAGCCUCUUGGACCCAUUUCGUUUUUGUUCACUUGGCUGUAAGCUUGUAGGAAUAAAGAGAAAUGGGGAUUCAAGCUUUAAGUUAGAGUGUAAAGAUGAAGAGCUAGCAGUGGAAAGAAGGGAAGGGAUAGAAAGGAAACCAGUCUCAUCAAGAUCAGAGGAAGAAGAAUUGCGUGAAGGCACACAACAAGACAUUUCCCCGACCACGCCUCCUCCACCUCCUUCUACUGCAAGGAGAUCAAGAAAAGGCAUUCCUCACAGGGCUCCCUUUGGAUCCUAAAUAAUUUAACUCCAUCCAGAAAAUUUACUUACUUUUUAUUAAGAAAAAAGUACAUUUUCAUGAAACCCAACUUAUCUUGCACGACCGACCGACCGACCAUGCAUUUGGGUUCUUUUUCCGGAGUAAGUCUUGGGUGGGAAGGAGGGGGGUUUUUGUCCAAAAGACAAAAAAAAAGGUGAGCAAGAAAGUAUUCUCUUUCGGGGGAGGGAUAUAUGGGUCCCAAGCUACCAAUUCUCUCUUGUGAAGAAGCAAUAAUGCAGAAUUGUUAUUGAUAGUUGCAAGGUGUACAUCGUCAUUAACAAAUUAAAAAGCAAGUCUUCGUGGAGUCCGUUUUAUAGUUUCCAAAGGUCCCACCACCCACAUGGGCAGUUUACAUAAAGAAACAAACAUCUUUUUAAUUUUAA